UGGUCUCCUCCUCCCGGGUCACGUGGUGCCCAGCCCCAGCUGCUGCCCUAAGAUGGCGGCGGUGUUGCCCGAGUGCCGGGCGCUGACUUACAGCGUUUAUAAGUGGUCCAGCUAUUCCUCCAUCUACGUCCCCGAAAAUAUUUUGGUGGACAAACCUCACGAUCAAUCUUCAAGGUGGUCCUCCGAAAGCAACUACCCGCCUCAGUACUUGAUUCUGAAACUUGAGAGGCCUGCAAUAGUCCAAAGCAUCACUUUUGGCAAAUAUGAAAAGACCCAUGUCUGCAACCUGAAAAAGUUUAAAGUUUAUGGGGGAAUGAGUGAAGAAAACAUGACAGAAUUACUUUCAAGUGGCUUAAAGAAUGAUUACAACAAGGAGACUUUCACCUUGAAGCACAAAAUUGACGAUCAGAUGUUCCCCUGUCGUUUCAUUAAAAUAGUUCCAUUAAUGUCAUGGGGGCCUAGCUUUAACUUCAGCAUCUGGUACGUGGAACUACAUGGGAUUGAUGAGCCAGACAUUGUACAACCGUGCCUUAACUGGUAUAGCAAGUACCGUGAACAAGAAGCCAUUCGCUUAUGUCUGAAACACUUCCGCCAGCACAACUAUACUGAGGCCUUUGAGUCAUUGCAGAAGAAAACUAAGAUUGCAUUGGAACAUCCAAUGUUGACCGAACUGCAUGAGAAGCUGGUACUGAAAGGUGACUUUGAUGCUUGUGAAGGACUGAUUGAAAAAGCUGUCAGCGAUGGUUUGUUUAAUCAGUACAUCAGUCAACAGGAAUACAAGCCCAGGUGGACGCAGAUCAUUCCUCAAAGCAGUAAAGGUGACGGAGAUGACAAUAGACCUGGAAUGAGAGGAGGUCAUCAGAUGGUGAUUGACGUUCAAACAGAAACAGUCAUAUUUAAAUUUGAGACCAGAUUUCUGAGCUGUAAGGGCAUAGUGGUGGUGUUGGAAGGCACCCAUGACGUGUUGUCAAGAGUAUUUGAGACAGUCGUGAAUGAUUUAAGAAACUUUGUGACUCAUCGUGCCUUUUACAGUGUCUGCAUCAUUCUUGAUAUUGGCAGUCAAGCAAGUUUGUGGGCUAUUAAUGUGUUGGAUUGCAUUGCCAUGGAAAUCUUUGAGUUACCCAAUGAUGUGGCUAGCAUUUUUAAACAUCUCUUCCAGAAAAAUCGGUGCCUUUAUGUAUUUGGUGGUCAAAGGUCAAAGACCUACCUGAAUGACUUCUUCAGUUACGAUGUGGACAGCGAUCAUGUGGAGAUAAUUUCUGACGGCACAAAGAAGGAUUCUGGUAUGGUUCCAAUGACAGGUUUCACUCAACGAGCUACAAUUGACCCAGAACUGAAUGAGAUUCAUGUCCUGUCGGGUCUCAGUAAAGAUAAAGACAAGCGGGAAGAGAAUGUUCGGAAUUCUUUUUGGAUUUAUGAUAUCGCUCGGAAUAACUGGUCCUGUGUUUACAAAAACGAUCAAUCUAUAAAAGAUAAUCCAAAUAAGAGCCUUCAAGAAGAGGAGCCAUGCCCGCGAUUUGCUCAUCAGCUCGUCUAUGAUGAUAUGCAUAAGGUUCACUACUUGUUUGGUGGGAAUCCCGGGAAGUCGUGCUCACCCAAGAUGAGAUUAGAUGACUUUUGGUCACUGAAGCUUUGCCGCCCUUCUAAGGACUACCUCCUGAGACAUUGCAGAUACCUCAUCCGGAGACACAGGUUUGAGGAAAAAGCUCGAGCAGAUCCUUUAAGUGCUUUAAAAUAUUUACAGAAUGACUUGUAUGUUACUGUGGAUCACUCAGACCCUGAAGAAACUAAAGAGUUUCAGUUACUGGCUCAGGCACUCUUCAAAUCAAGUUCAGAUUUCAUACCGUUAGGUUUUUCAGAUGUUGAUCAGACUUAUGCCCAGAGGACUGUGCUGUUUGACACGCUGGUAAACUUCUUCCCUGACAGCAUGACACCUCCAAAAGGCAAUCUGGUUGACCUCAUCACACUGUAGCUGGACAGCAAUCGAUGGAUUUCAUCUGAAGAGGAACUGAAAUACAAAUCUGAUCUCCUGUUUUGUACAGGCUAGAUUGGCUUACGAUAUUUGGCUGGCAAAGUUUUUUUUGUUAUGCAUCACUUCUCAUCUAGUUUUGAUUUGAGUGUCUAAUUUCAAUGCUGUUUUAAUGCAGAUGAUAAAACUGGGUUGAAACAGAUGAGUUUCGUGAAUAUGGGUUUGCUUCUCUGUGUGUGUUCGGUCCCUUCCUGUGUUGGUAAAUAUUUGGAUUUAAUAAUAAAUCCUGCCAUCAGAGUUUCAAUAGAGACAUGCAGUUGACGUUCUUAAUGUGUUGGAAUAAUGCUGCAAACAUACUUCAGCAGUAAAUCAGUCAACUUUUGUCCAUUUACCAGUCCAAUAGUCUACACCCUUGAAGUAACAUGAUGGUGUUUUAUGUGCUAUUCACAUUCUCUCUGGUCUCCACAGCAAUAUUAAUAACUGCUUUAAAAGGUGCAAUGAUACUUUUGAAAUUGAAUUAGAGUGCUGUGCAUCACGUAUUGUGACUGCAGCAUUACACAGUGCCCUGUGGAGUGAGCUGACUCUUGAAUUCUCAGCAGGUGAAGUAGAUUUGCUGCCAUUAUUGGGAUGUGUUUAACUUCAGAAUUGAUUCAUUAUACUGUUAAUUUUAAUGCUUGUGUUUCAUUCACAGUCCAUUUGUAAAGGGGACUGACUUCACAUCUGUCACAUUUUAGUUUUUUUGAUGGCAUGGUUUAAAAAAAAAAGCUUUCAAAAUAUUUGUUUCUGAGCUGUCUGUUUAAAAGGUAUGAAGGAUAUAGAGAAAUCUUUCCCUCUUGGAACAAGGUUAUUUCAAAGAAACAAUUGCUGUCAAAACUCGUAGCUAUCAGCAAUUUGCUUUUUCCAGCUUGCCCUCAGUGCCAGGUACAGCUGGUCAGUAUCCAAAGCCUUCUGAUGUGUAUGUUCCCUUGGAAAGUGCAGUCCACUAUUUUUUUAGAUGCAAGGUUACUGUCAGUUUUUGAGUUUCCUAAUUCACCUCUUGAAUGUGAUGUCGGCUACAGGAAAAUGAAUGGCAAAAAUCCUGUUUAUCUUUGGAUUUGGAGUUUCAUACUGAAUCUGAGAAACCACUUGUGAAAAGCCUAUUUAAUGCAGAAAUUCAGUGGUGUUCCCUACUACUAUUCAGGAUGUCUGAUAUCCACAUCACCCACAAAGUGGUAGAUAUUCUCUCAGACUACUGUAAAGUCCCCCUCACUUUAUUUGCUAAGUAAUAGACAAUGUUAAAAUGUGUGUAAUUUGCGAAUAGUUGUUACGCUGAGUUCUUAAGAUGGUUACUUUUAAGCAGUGCAAGUUUGGUUUAGAAUCCUUUCUGCAAUUAACCUCCAUAUACUAACAAAAGAGGCCAGAUUUCAGUCAUAUCUUGCGUUAUUUUUCAUAUUUCCUCAAUUAUCUAAGACAUGCUGAGUGAAGUUUAGUCAUCAGUUGCAAUGUCAUUUCGUGAAACAUGUAAAACUGAUGUUUCUUUUAAGUGUGUUGUCCUUUUUUAAAAAAAAAUCCAGCUCACCUGCCAAAGAUGGAUGUCGUCAAUGGUGCCAAUUAGAAGUGCAUAUUUGAAACUUAGAAAUGGGGACCUUGUUAUAGUAUUUUAAUUUUUGAUAAGUUUCUCCGAUGACAUAUUUUAAUUCCUUCAUAUCUUAAAGAAUCUGAACUAAUUAUUGGAAAUUGUUAAGGAAAUUGUGAAAGAUUUUUGCUGAUGCAGGUUUCUAAGUUCUACUGCUUUGCACAAUAGUUAUUUAUGUAUUUUUAAUCCAUUGUCACCUUUCAAUUUAAAUUCCUCAUAUAACCUUGUGUGGAGGAUGGUAGCAGCAAAGGUGUUAAACAGACACAGUUGUCAGUGACAAUAUUAAACACUUUCACUUGUCUUAGGAAUGGACGUAAUUGCGAUAAUUUACCUCACUGAUUGGAUUGCUCUUUUUAUGCUGUUUUUGUGUUCGACUAUUAGAGAUAAUAGUUUUUUUUCUUAUAGAAGAUAAUUUUAAAUUUGGUUUUCACAUAUGGUUCCUAAAGAGUAUGUUAUUUUCAAAAACAAUGUUGAUUGAAGACAUUUUUCGCUACUGCUACAUUUGCGCCUCUGCCAAACAACUUGCACCACUGUGAAAAUUCUGAUUUGUUUCUAGGAGCACUGUUAGAGAGUCAGGAUUUUGUUAGCAUUACUACUGAUGGGUGUCUCCUGAAUGUAGAGUUGACCCUGUAAUAUUAAAUUUUGCCUAGUUUUGCUAAUUCCCCAGUCUGCCAACUGUAAAGAUGCCUGGUGUGAGAGGUCUUUUUUGGAAAAGUGGCAGGAGUGUUAAAAGAAUAGAAUUAAAAAAGCCUCUUCCAACAGUGUGUAUAUAAAGUGUUUAUGAUCUAGGCAACAUUUUUUCCAUUUCUCAAAUGUUGCCACAUUCCAGUUUAUAAAAUGGGCCAUUUGGUAUUCCAAAUAACAAGGCAUUUGAGUGAAUUCUUUAAAACCAGAAACUUGAAGCCCCUCCCCAAACUAAAACCCAAUCAGCAUGGCUAAGAAUUGUGUAAAGGCAAGUUCAAUGAACCUCUGCUGAAAUAAGGAAGCAAAAAAUUUUCUUUUUGUUUUAAACAUAUCCAGUUCUGAAACAUAAAUUUCAUAACAGAUCAACUUAACUAAAGCAUAUUGUUCCUGGUGGUUUUACACGCAGGUACUUUUAAUUGACAUCCAACCUGCCCUGAUGGUCUUGGCGCAAGGCUAAUAAGAGUUUAGGGCCAUUGGGAAUACAGACAUGCUAAAAGUGUUUACUUUAUUCCAUUGUUCCUAUUUAAGACAAUGAUGCCAGCAAUUACUACACAAAAUUGAAAAGCAUUGCUGCAAAAGUGCACCUCGUGCACCAGAUGCACUGACUUAAAAAUAUGCCUAUGAUUGGGAAAUUAAGAACUGGACCCAACAAAGUCACUGUACAAAUGCUUAAUAUACACUUUCAACUGUUUAAAACAUGGAGUUUGUAAUUUAUAGUAGGUUUCAGCAAUCCCCUUUGUCUUUGUCAGAUAAUGCUCGUUGUUAAUAUGAUUUGAGUAUCUUUGUGUACUUAGAGAAUUGGGGUUGCAGGCUUCAUAGUGUAGAAUAUGUCAGACUGAGUAUUGGAAAGUCUUAAUAGUCAGAACAAAAUCACAGGUGAGAACCAAAGACAAGUUAAAACAUCCUAUGCGAUAGUGUGACUUUUCACUGGAAUAGAAGGAAAAAAGAAGAAAAGUCUUCCAUUUAUAAUUGCCUUUUGUAACCUGGCAGCAUCAUGAAUUGCUCAACUGUUCCUUCUGAACCUUUUUAUUUAGGUAAAACGAAAUGCUUAGAGGGCAAAACCUGGCCAUUAACAUCUGAAAAGCUAAAGAUUGUAUAUUUGUUGAAGAGUCAAACCAAAAAGGAUUAGCCUCUGCCUCGUGUAGGCUGAACUACUAUUUUUGUUAAUGGUUUCCAUUGUAUCUUUCAGUAUGCUUUUUUAUUUGAAUUACUGUUAACUGUCCUUGUAAAGCACAAAAACAGAUCCUAAUGUGGUACAAUUUGCCACCAAGUUUUUCAAAUGUACUGUGAAGUACUAAUGAUUAAUUGGUAUGAGCUACCAUAUUACUGUUUUCUAUUAUAGUUCUUUGACUAAUGGCCCAUUUAGUUGCAUGGUAAUGUCUUAAGUUUUAAGCUUAUCCCAUUUUGCAGAAUUGUAUUGAAAGCGGGCAGCUUGGCAAUUUUCUUUUAUCUUUUAGAAAUACCUGGCUGAUUUAUGUCAAGUUGACAUUUUAAUUAAGUGGCACAAAUAAAAUUGCAAUAAUUGUCAGCCUUGACAGUAUAAAGCAUCUGGCUGAUUCAUUCAUUUUUAUAUGAGCUAUUCUAUUAGAGGAAAACAUAUGAAUGCACGGGUCAGAUUUUGCUGUACUAAAUAUGGUUGGAUUGGCCCAGUGCUAAAACUUUCAGUUACUGGCUCCACAUAGUUCACAGUUCACAUUUUCAUUUUUUGUGGGCUGGGACUUUCUGCUUUGAUUUACAGUUUCAUACAUUUCCAGAUGAGUUGCUACGACCUAUCCUAAUACGUCUCAUAUCCUAGAGAUUGCUAAACCACCAACAAUUCAAUAUUUAAUAAUCAGAUUUAGGAUUGACCCACAGCUGCAGCAAUUAACUGUGCUCUGUUUAGUUAGAAGUGUGUUGCAUUUUCUCUGCUUAUAUGCAUGUCUUAGCCAGUAUUUCUCCUCCUACCCACCGAGUUUUAGCAUGAGCAGCCCACUUACUGCAACCACCAUUAACAAAGACGAGAUAACAGUUUAUUCUGCCAUUGUUUGAGGUCCUGCUGUGUGGAAAUUGGCUGUUGAUUGUCUACACUACAACAACAGCUUCAAAAAGUAAUUCAUUAAGCACAUUGAGGUGACCUGAUACAGUACUAUUGAAAUAGUUGGAGUUUUGUCAGUCAACUAUCUGGCCAUUUAAGGGAGAGGCCUUUUACACUUCAGUGCACUUUCAAGUCUAGUUUGUUUAAGACCCAUUGAACCCCAAUCCUUCACCAUAACUGGUGCAAAAAAAAUAACUCUAGGAACCAUUUGCUUUAAAUGAAAUUACUUGGUCUUAGUUUUGGGGUUCACUGAAUAACAUUGCCUAGAAUUUGUUAUUAAUUGGUACUAAAUAAGCAUCUCUUAAUGAACUCUUUUGUAUUCUGGCAUGUUUCAUUUUGUUGUGGGGCAAUGUAAAGGAUUGAAUGCAAUGUAUACUUUUUAAUGUUGACCAUCAAAAAGGUAGAACUGUUCCUGCACCCAUUAUUCAUGUCUGUGCGUUUUGAUCCUUUUAAAUGUCUUUGUACCUGCUUUGUAUACUCUCUAUAUAUUUUUGAAUGUGUUCGGAAAGAAAUAGUGUUGUUUAAACCAGGUUGGCUGAAAUGCAAUCUAUAGGCCUAUGAGGCUGAAGUAAUUUUGCUUUAAUUCAAACAGUCUAGAUUUGAAAGUGAAAACUGAGCAUCUUGAGCCAGCUCUACUUGUAAAAUGAAGUAACCAGAUCCUGUAUCAACUUUGAUCUCCUUGUCUUUUAGUCCUCAUCUCACUAAGUGAAAUGAAAUUUGCUGAGCGUAGACAUAAUGUGAUUAACAUGACUUGGAGGUGCCGGUGUUGGACUGGAAUAGACAAAGUUUAAAGAUCGCACAACACCAGGUUAUAGUCCAA